AUGACGGGUAAACGUGGUCAGACUCCUGUCAGCAAACACCAACAAUCACCAGAGGAACCGGAUACGGCACAGAAUCGCAAAAGAAAAACGGCCAUCAUUCCAAAAUCAAACGAGAAGCGGCCACGGGUGUUAGCGGCUGAUGCUCAAUGGUGCAUUUGUAACGUCAGUACGCUUACCUUAAAGGCGUUUGCCCUGGAGCAUGAUUACUAUGAACGCAGGCGCUGCCAUGCUCAAUAUAAGACCAUCAUUACUAACAUGUCCGAAGCAGAGCAAUCUCGCCUCCUCCAAGAAUUUGAAAACUGGUGCCUCACCCUUGAUUGCACAGCGUUUUGGAAGGAACGCAAACGAAAAUAUGCUUUGGAAACUGCUGCAUCCAACUGCUCCGAAGCGAUCGAUAAGUUGUUAGAAGCAACUGCAUCACAGCCUAUAGCAACAACAAUUACAGCUGAUUUGGAUCAAGAGCAUGCUAAUACUCGACAAAAGAUUGACAACGAAGAGAAGCAUUGGAUUAUUGAUGGGAGCGAUAUUAAUUCUCUUUUCCUAAAAUACCAGUAUCAAGAAGACAUCCUUCCCAAGCCUGUCCCUUUGGAAUCAAACAUUCAGGAGAUAUUAGCUUUGUCGGGUGUACUCUUCCUGGCGAAUGAACAGCAUAGCGAAUACAAAUGCCACACGAUAACCCCGAAUUUUACCAACGAUGACUUUAUGGAAAUGGUGAAUGUUGUAUCCGCUAUUGACGAGGAGGGUAUGUCUCCAAAAAGUGCCAAGCUCCGCCUCUUGACUCUGGCCACUAGCAUGGAACAAUUCAAGUCUAAUGUUGUCGAAGGCAUUGCUGAUUUGUUGGUGAAACUACCGUUUGACCCCAUCGCAGACAAGAACCAAUUCGGAGAAAUAGACGUACAAACCAGGUAUUAUGAUCCAUUGCUGUCGUCCAUUGUGGCAGAUACCAAGAGGAAGGUUGUAUUACGAUGGCCGAACAAGGAGGACACAUUGACCGCUGGCAUUCGUCCGGACGCCAUUGUAUCCACCUUGGUCCAGCGUACAUUUGGGCAAUCCCUUGGUUUUGGAGAAGUCAAGCUUGGCGGUGAUAACGCCACCAAUCAUUCCCUUUGCUUGGACACGCUCAAGCUAGCCGUCUUGUCGCGUAACAGCGUCUUGAAGUAUGGCCAUCCUAUUCUCACUUUUCAAGUUAAAGGUAAUGCUAUGCUCAUAAUGCUGUCACUGUCAAAUCUUUCACUGCUUGAAUCUGUAUCUGCAUAUCGUCAAAGCAUACGUAUGCAAACGAUAUCCCCUGUCUCUAAAAGUCCUCCCCAUCAAUACAAGAACUCUUAA